GUGCGUCAUAGAGCGGCUUUGGAGACCGUUUGGAGACAUUUUUCGCUCACUCCAAGAGCCACAAUUCAGCACUCACUCCUUUCCAAGCAUCUCCAUAUCUCCAUCUCUACCCCAAGCUACGGCACUUUGUCUGUCUCUCCAUACCAUACCGUACGGCAUCGUCCAGAAAGAGGAAGAAGAAGAAGGAGUGUGCAAAGAAAGAUGAAUAAGGAGACGAUGGAGGAUGUUGGAGGAGGUAGCCGAUGGAAUGUGAAAAGUUUGAGCUUUUUGUUUUUGAGUGGUUUGGUCUUGGCGAGUAUUCAAAAGGAACUCUCUUAUAUGGGCGGGUAUCUAUCGUCUACUACCACUGGUUCUAGUACCAGUAUCAGUACUAGCAAAAGAUCCACCAAGGAAAUCUUGUCCCAAGCCCAACGACGAACAAGACGAAAAUUGGCGUCUACAUCUAGUAGUAGUAGUGCUACAUCUACUACUACUAGUAGUUUGGAUGUGUACACGGUCCAACUGAUGAAGGAGACACUUUUGAGUCUGUUGGAUCAAGUGGAAGAAGAAACGGGAAGUACUACCAUGGUGUCAGUGGGGGAUGUCAGAGAUACUCUGGAUCAAGUCAUGGAACACAUGGAAAUUGAAGCAUCAGCCACUUCUUCUUCUUCUACCUCUGGAAAAACACUGCAAUCUACCAGUACUGGUACUAGUAGUAUUGCUACUAGUACUAGUAUGCCCACUCCACAAGCUACAAGAGCUGACGGACUCAACAUUGCCGUGUACAUGACCACCCACGUCAGUCAUCAGCAUUUGGAAUAUCUCAUCAAAUGUUGGCCCGCUGCCAUGGCUCGAUUAGACAUCUUCCAAAAUGUCGAUCUCAUUGUCUACACGUCGUCGUAUGAUCAUGACUUGGUGUUUCAAUCAUUGGGAUUCCGUAAUGUUAUUUUCCACCGCUACAAAGAAGUCAUCAAUCCACUUGUCGACGAAUCCAAACUCUCCAAUGACAAGAAUAUGCAAAAACAACAAGGUGCUCUCCGUGCCAUGGUCGAUCCCUUUUUGGUCGAUCCUUCUUCGCCGGAUUUGGAAACGACCCCCCGCAAUUGGUUUUCCGAUUACGAUUGGAUCGUUCGACUUAACCCGGAUGUCAUGAUUCGACGGGAUGCCUGGUUAUUGCAACAAUUGCGAACUCCUGACGUAAAGGGCGUCUUUGUGAGAUGGGAUACCGAAGGCAGUGGCCUCUAUUUGCACACGGAUUUUUACGCCUUUCGACCAUCUGCCAUUGACUACAAGGCCAUGAUGGCCGAAUACAAACGUCAACGGACCACCAAGUUUCAUGCCGAAUUGCAUUUCACGUCGGGAUUUCGACACUUGUUCAACCAACAACCGCCCGCAUUGGCGUUCCUCCCCAAUGUAUACAAGACCCGUCCCACUGGCAUUGGACACGUCGGAGGCAAAGAUUGCGAUGUCAUUCACGCCCACAAAUUGAUUGACCAUUGUCCCAAUUAUUGGGAAGCCAGGGAUAAUCAGACCUUGUUGUAUUAAUAAAAAAUGCUUUUAGUUAGUGACAAAUAAAUAAGUGCAUGCAUGGACCCAAACAGUGAGGCGUCCUGUCCAACCGAACCUGCACGCACUGGCUCGAUCGAUCCCAACC